AUGAUCCUAGAAAAGGUAGUGAAUCCUUCACGCAAAGAUUGGGCCAUGAACCUGGACGAUGCCUUGUGGGCAUACAGGACCGCCUAUAAAACACUUAUAGGCAUGUCCUCGUAUGCACUGGUGUUUGGGAAGGCAUGCAACUUACCACUUGAAUUGGAGCACAGAGCAUUGUGGGCAGUGAAGAAGCUCAAUUUUGAUUUGAAGACCGUAGGGGAGACAAGAAAACUUCAGUUGAUCGACCUAGACGAAUGGAGAACUCAACCAUAUGAAAAUGCCAAGAUCUACAAGGAGCGUGCAAAAUGUUGGCAUGACAAAUGA